AUCGCCAUCAAAACUCACUCUUGCAAGUGUCACAGCUCUUCUUCUUCAACCCUCCAAGCGAGCCAAUAAUCUUCCCUCGAACUUCCACAGCUUCUUUGAUGAUGGCGGUCGCCGGGUUGAGAACCAUCAUCGCACUGUCCUUUGUGAGCGCCCUACCCCCCAACUUCUACGGCCUCCCAGCUACCCGAUGCCUCCGGAAGCUAACUAGAACAUAAUAACAGGUCCUAGCGAUAGGCUUCCUCCUCGUUAUCCUUUCCUCGGCCCUCUUCUCAAACUACUAUCCGCUCUUUGUCGUCGCAACAUUCCUUCUAGCGUCACUCCCAAACGCUAUCUGCUCACGAUGCUCCAACCCCGAUGAUUUCAUUGACGGGGCCGGAAAUGGAGUACUUGAUUUUGGCAAGUUCCUUACGGGGUUCUUCGUUGUUAUGGGAAUCGGUAUGUUCUCGCUCGCACACCCCCCUUGCUACUAUAAACGCGUGGCGGUGGCGGUGAUACCGGUGCUAAUUUUGGUGUUGCCGAUAGCCCUUCCUGUCCUAUUGGCGCACUCCGAUAUUAUCCGCGUGCCUGCUAUGGUUAUGUCGAUUAUUGGUGGCCUCUUGAUAUAUGGCACUAUUAUCUCUUUCACAUUGUUUUUCCAGGAGGAGUCAGACUUUUAAGUGCAGUCAGGAACCACCGUAUAGUGAUGUGGUUUGUCAAGGUCGCGUAUGUUGUAGGGGGGGGGGGGAUGGAGGGUGAAGAAGAGAAAGAAGGAAGGAGGGGGUGUGGCUCUAGAGCCAUUAAACAAAUUGCCCGAUGGACAAAUGAAUGAAUGAAGGAAUGGAUGGGCGUGUAUUAUAUGCAGGGAAUCACACGGACGGAUUUGGGUAUGGUUUGGGUUUUUCGGUUGCUGGUAGUUAUUUAGCGGUGUAUAUCGUUUGACCUUUGUUUUUCUCCUUCCUCUGUCUUCCUUUUUUGUUUUGGUAUUAUGGAGGAGUUGGUGGGAAUACGGUUUGCUUGCUUGCUUCCAUAGUGAUUGGAGGCCGCCUCGGGAUAUCACUAGUCUUUUGUAACAGAGUUUUCCUGUGCAACACCGGUAAUACAGUCUCUUCUCACAUGUCUUGGAUUGUUAAUCAAACUCCUGGACGUGGUAGAGGAGAUCCGAAGAGUUCUCAGCAGUACUUACCAUAGGCCGGGCCCUACAGCAGCCUGUGGGGCCCGCGGGAUUUUUAGAAGGAUUAUUUUGCUAUUAUACCGGAUUAGGUUUACGAGACAGUGUUAAGUUUACAUAUUUACACUCUUGAUGAACUUG